AUGUCGGAGACAACAAGUACAGUCAAUUUGUUGAACCAAGCCUCGGGGUAUGGUGUCUUGGUUGGAGUUGGUGGCGGUUUCGCAAUCGGGAUGGUGUUGGUCACUAUACUCUUGAGAAAGUACUUGCGUGAAGAUAACCAGAGCACCGAGACGUUUGCCGUUGCCAACCGAUCAGUGGGCACGCUAUUGAGUGCCUCUGCUGUCUAUUCCAGUUGGGUAUGUCCUAUUCUUUUUUUUUUUCCUGUUUUAUUUCUUUUUUUUUCGCAGCCAAAUUGAUUUUCAUACUAACAUUCUUUACUUUAUAGAGUUGGGCCACUGAGUUGUUGUGGUGCACCACUAUGGUUUACAAUUACGGUAUUCAAAGCUCCUACUAUUACAUGGCAGGUCUUGCAGUUCAAAUCGCCGUCAUGUCCAUGGUUGGCAUCCAUGCCAAAAAAAAGAUUCCUCAAGCACAUACCAGCUUGGAGAUUAUCGAGUUGCGAUACGGCAAAGCCGCGCACAUCCUCUACAUGUUUCUUUGCUUGACCAAUAACUUGCUUUCGUGUUCAAGUAUGAUCUUGGGUGCCUCCGGUGCAAUCUCAAUCAUCGCCGGCAACUUGCACAUUGUUGCAGCCACGAUCUUGACGGUGUUUAGCGUCUUGUGUUAUUCGGUUUACGGGGGAUUGAAAGCUACAUUCUUGACUGAUUUCGUCCACACCAUGAUCCUCUUGAUCAUCUUGUGCUAUUUAAACACGGCGGUGUUGUCAAACAUUGGCGGGUUAGAUGCCUUGUACGAUGCCUUGGUGGCUUUUGAUGCUUCUGGAACUAGGGAGAUACCAGGCAACUACCAAAACAGUGUUAUUACUGGUAAAUCAAAGGGCUCAAUCUUGUUUGGAUUGAUUUUAACUGCAGGUAACUUUGGCUUGUCAGUUAUGGAUAGUUCAUUUUGGCAAAAGACGUUUAGCGCUUCGCCAAGAGCUACAGUUCCAGCUUACUUAACGGCGGCAUUUUUGAUUUCGGCCAACGUGUGGCCCUUGGGGGCCAUCAUUGGCGGUGCGGCAAUUGUGUUGGAGUCCUCUCCGAAAUUCCCCACCUACCCUAGAAAAAUGACCCAGUUUGAAGUUGACUCUGGAUUCGCGUUACCGUAUGCCUUGAUGGCCACCUUGGGCAAAGGUGCCGUUGGUGCAUUGUUGUUGAUUGUUUAUCUUGCCGUUACUUCGACCGUGAGUGCCCAAAUGAUUUCCGUUUCCUCCAUCUUGUCAUUUGACGUUUACAAGAAAUACAUCAACCCACAAGCUCAAAACAAGCACAUGAUCACUGUGUCCCAUAUUGGUUGCGUCAUUUUCACACUUGGUGCCGCUGGAUUUACCAUCAUGUUGCACUAUGUCGGGGUGAACAUGACCUGGUACGGCUAUUUUUACCCCUUGAUCAUCUGUCCCGGCGUCAUCCCCUUGAUCUUGUCGAUUACGUGGAAGAGGCAAAACUUUUACGCUGCGUUCAUUUCCCCCAUAUUGGGAAUCGUAUUUGGAUUCGUGGUUUGGACAACCACGGCUUACAAAUUCUACGGAUAUGUCAACAUUGACAGUCUCGGGGGCCAAUUGCCCGCGUUAUAUGGGGCCUUGACGGCAUUGUUCUUACCGGGAGUCUCUAGUGUCAUUUUAUCCCUUGCCAUCCCUUCGGACUUUGACUGGUCGGUGUUGCAAAAUGCUCAUCUUUUGAUCAAGGCAAAAGAUAUCGAUGCCAAUAGCUCCGAUUCCUCAGUUGACGAAAAGAUCAAUGAAAAGCAACAACAAGAGGAAGAAGAAGAAGAAGAAGAUAAAACUCAUGGAAACGAGCGUACGAGCCAGGAAAAGCACGACGAUGCGGAAGUAAAUGUCGACUCGGAUUCAAGUUCCAAGUUGGAAUCGCAAGAAGUGUUUAAAAAGAGCCAGCAGUUGACACCAAAGCAGAUGGACUUUUGGAUCAAGGUGGCUACGGGUGCUUCCCUUUUCAUUUUGUUGGUUAUGUGGGUAUUGUGGCCAUUGCCCUUGUACCGUGAUUGGAUCUUUUCCAGGGCCUAUUUCAAGGGUUAUGUGACUGUUGGUUUGAUGUGGCUUUAUGCGACCAUGUUGAUUAUUGGGUUUGGUCCUUUGAUUAGUGGUAGACACUCGAGUGCAAAGAUUAUCAGAGGUGUCUAUAAUGAUUAUAUAAAGAGGAAAAAGUAG